AUGCCCCAGGCAGGCACCGACCCCGAAUCGUUCAAUCCCAAGCUCGGUCGACGCAAAUCGGGCGACUUUGCGCCUCCUCGCCAGGUCCGUUUCGAGGAUCCGAAACUGAAGAGCAAUCCUCCACCUCCUCCUGCUUCUGCUCCAGCACCAGCAGCAGCUCCUCCUCCUCCUCCUCCUCCUCCUCCUCCUCCCCCUUCCUCCCCGGAGCAUAGCACCGAGACCAAAACCCAGCCCGACUCGCACCCCCAGGUUGGGCUGCCCCAUCUCAAUCGUCCUCCCUCCGCACCGUGGUUUACAGCUGCCGAUCCGACUCGCAGCCUCAACUGCCAGCCGUUGGCUCCCGCUGCCACCGCCGCCACCGCCGCUCCUGUUCUUCUUCACCAGCAUCCCAACUUCCCGCCCAACCUUCAGUAUCCCCUCUUCACCAACCUUGCCCACCACCACCAGAGCUGCGUCCCAGGAAUAGCCUGCCGUCUCGGACUCGGCCACACCUCAGCAUCCAACAUGGGCGAUUACCAGAACUGCAUGCCUCCCCCCACCGGAGUCAACUUUCAACCUCCCGCACCGGAUACUACCUUUGGACCCAUUCCCCACGUCUACGUGCCUCGCUUUGACGGCGUGCCUGUGGCAGGUCUUCAUCAACCCGCCGCCGCAGCCUUCCCGGUCGCCCAGCAAGGCUAUGUUGGCAUUGCCCAACCUUCAUACGUUCCCCUUGCCCAGCCCCAGCCCGUUGUCAUCAACGGCCAGGCCUAUGUUUCCGCCCCCGGAAUCCCAGGUCAGCCCAUGAUGGCACCUCCCGUCAUGGCAACGCCUGGUGGCGGAAUCGGCGUGGCCCCUGCAGGAGCUAUUCCCAUCAUACCAGGUAAUGCUUCCUCCAACAUCCCCGAUGUCGCUGGCGUUGGCAGGACCCCCAACGAAGAGACUCUUCGACAGGUUGAGUUUGCAUACAACAAUCGCCUGUUUGAGCCGCAGGACUUUAAGCCAGCGGAUGAUGAUCCUUCUCGUUUUUAUUAUGUGCGCGAGGUUGACGGGAACUGGACCCAGCGCAACCGCUUUACCAUUGAUCACAUGGGCAAUUGCAGGUGGUACGUCACCGACGAGGGGUGGUUUUACGCGGUACGACUGCCUGAUUGA